GAAAGUCUUUAACAGUAGACAAGUGAAAAUGUCGGGCGCCGCUGUUAAACUACUGUUAAUAGCAGUCGUACUGAAAAAGCGAGCGUCAUUGAACAGCGUGAUGUUGCCAACAAAAUUACGAAUUAACAUUUAUAAUGUAAAGUGGUGCACAAGCAGAUGUCUAUCCGCAUACAUCUCCACAUCAACUAUGACUUCAUUUUAUGAGCGAAAGAAACGGACGAAAAGAAAGCAGCAUUUGGUGACUCAUCCACAUUGUGAUGUAUCUUGAACUGGUUCACAACAUGGCCGGAGGUGUACGCUGAGUUUUAACAUUAUUUCAGAUGGCAUUGGUAUUUAUGAACACAUAAGCAACAAAGCUAAGAAAUCAUGUGGCAGACAUGCCCGGAAGCAUUCUAAGUAUCUAACGUAGGCUAAAAACAUGAUUGUGCUCACUACUUAUUGCUAUUUAUAUACAUAUUUAUAUGUUACAUGUUUAUAAAAAUCAUACAUUUGCCAUGCAUAGCUUUUAAUCUAUUUUCAGAUCGACAUCAUCCAACCAAUCUAAACCAAACCAAAUCAACUACAACAACGACAUUUAACACAACUUUUUAAUAACUAUAUUUUUAUAAAUUCAUAUAUUACAUUAUAUAUUUCAUUACAUUGUAUAUUUCAUAUGUGUAUUUACGUAAACAUUUCUUGCUCUGUUGCAAAAUUAUAAUUACAACUAUUUUUACUAAUUACAUGAUUUCCUCUUCUAAUAGCGCCCAAAUAUCAAACUGCAUACGCUUGCGAAGGUAAGAAAUUAACGAUAGAAUGCGAUCCAGGCGACCUGAUCAAUCUGAUACGUGCGAAUUAUGGACGCUUCUCGAUAACGAUAUGCAAUGACCAUGGCAACGUCGAUUGGAGUGUAAACUGUAUGUUUCCAAAGAGUUUGACCGUUUUGAAUUCAAAAUGCGCACACAAACCAAGUUGCAGUGUGUUGGCAACGACAAGUAUGUUUGGCGAUCCCUGUCCUGGUACACAUAAGUAUUUGGAGGCACAUUACCAAUGCAUAUCAGCGGCACAAACUUCAACUACCACCAAUCGGCCCAGUCCGCCAUGGGUUUUGGCGAAUAACCCACCAUUGCUUGCCAAUGGCAGCACACUGAUUAAUCCGAGUGUGCCGUUGCAACCACAAGGACCAGGUCGCCUACCACUACCUGCCAAUGGCGGUAUACCAUCGUCUGGUGGCUUAUGGCAUACACUACCGCCAACACCAGGUCCACCGCAGCCCACACUACCGGGCGGCCGUUUGAAAGGUAACUAUAACACAACGGUCAUAAAGAAUUCCAACAGACAUGAUGGCUUACCGCCACCACCGCCGUUGCAUCACCAUCAUCAUACGGGACAUCAUGCAACCGCGCCUGUGGAAGGCGUCAACGCGGCUGAUAGUGCUGUCAGCAAUACGCGACCAACGGCGAAAAAUGAUUUAUCAACACGCACGCCAGGAACAAACCAAACCAAAUCACAUGCGGGUCCGUCCAACACAACAACACCUAAUACCCGUAUACUAAGCGGUGUUGGUGGUAGCGGCACUGACGACGGCACCAUUCUCACCGCUAAAACCGCACAAAAUCGUGGCAAUCAGCAGCAGAGUACCGCAACUCAACAGCAUGCAGCUGGCAACAACAAUAACAACGCAAUAGGUGCUGAUGCUAACGGUGGAAGUAAUGGCAUACGUACCAUAAACAAUAUAAAUAACCUCAAUAUGGGUAUGGGUGCGGUGGCCGAGGAUGAGUCGAAUAUGUUCUGCGGGCCAACGAAUGCGCGUAAUCUCUUCUGGAACAUAACACGCGUAGGUGAUGUAAAUGUGCAGCCGUGUCCAGGUGGCGCAACUGGCAUUGCCAAGUGGCGUUGUGUGCUUAUGAAGCGCGUCAAUUACAAAGAAGAGGAUGCAGCGGAAACAACAACAAUGCGUGCGAUGUCGCGUACCAAUUGCAGUAGCAAUAGCAACGCAAAUAGUAGUUGUGAAAAUGCCGCUGAUCGAUUAAAUCAACGCAUAGGCAAUUUUGAGCCCACUUGGCACCCGAUGACGCCCGAUCUUACGCAAUGCCGAAGUCUGUGGUUGAACAGCUUGGAGGUGCGCGUAAACCAACGUGAAUCAUCAGUUAUUUCCAUAGCAAACGAUCUAUCGGAGGUGACAAGUAGCAAAACUUUGUAUGGCGGCGAUAUGCUCGUCACUACGAAAAUCAUACAAACCAUGUCGGAGAAAAUGUUCCACGACAAGGAGACCUUACCGGAUCAACGUCAACGAGAGGCUAUUAUAUUAGAGUUGCUGCAUGGUGUGGUAAAGACUGGCUCAAAUUUGCUUGACGAAUCACAAUUGUCCUCUUGGAUGGAUUUGAAUCAAGAAGAUCAAAUGCGUGUUGCCACAUCAUUGCUAACAGGGCUGGAGUAUAAUGCAUUUCUUUUGGCCGAUACUAUUAUACGUGAACGUAAUAUUGUGCAGAAGGUCAAGAAUAUACUGUUGUCUGUGCGUGUUUUGGAAACAAAGAACAUUCAAGGCAACGAAGUUUUCCCCGAUCUUGAACAAUGGCAAAUCAGCGAUGACCGCAUAGAGUUGCCGCGCACUGCGCUCGUGGAGAAUAGCGAAGGCGGCCUUGUGCGCAUAGUAUUUGCUGCAUUUGAUCGGUUGGAGUCAAUCUUAAAACCGUCUUACGAUCACUUUGACACGAAAAGUUCGCGCAGUUAUGUGCGCAACACUGCUUUGUUGGCCAGCGAUCGUAACGAUUCGGGCGCAAAUGCUGAUUUGCUGCAACAACGAAUACGCAUACUCAAUAGCAAAGUGAUCUCAGCGAGUUUGGGUAAAGGUCGACACAUACAACUAUCACAACCGAUCAAAUUAGUCUUGCGACACAUUAAAACGGAAAAUGUAACCAAUCCCACUUGCGUAUUUUGGAACUACAUAGAUCACGCUUGGUCAGCGAAUGGCUGCACUUUGGAGUCCACAAAUCGUACACACAGCAUUUGCAUGUGCAAUCAUCUCACGAACUUUGCCAUACUCAUGGAUGUCAUGGACGAGCAUAAUCAUUCGCUGUUUGGCGUCUUCGAUGGCAAUAUGCGCAUACUCAUCUACAUUAGUGUCGCCAUUUGUCUGGUAUUCGUCGUCAUUGCGCUACUCACAUUGAAGAUAUUCAAUGGCGUUUUCAUAAAGUCUGCGCGCACUUCCAUCUAUCGCAGCAUUUAUAUAUGUCUACUUUUCAUUGAAAUUCUUUUCCUAAUUGGCAUUGAGCAGAAUGAGACGAGUAUCCUUUGUGGUUUCACUACUGUUUUUCUACAUUGUUCGAUAUUAUCGGCGAUAGCGUGGUUCUGUUUCGAAGCAUUCCAAUCAUAUUCCACACUAACCACCGAUGACAUGUUACUUGAAGUUGAUCAGACUUCCAAAGUGAAUUGUUACUAUUUACUCUCCUACGGGUUAUCACUUACAAUUGUGGCCAUUUCAUUGGUCAUUAAUCCAAAUACUUAUACACAAAAUGACUUUUGUGUGCUCAUGGAGGCGAAUACGCUGUUCUAUGCGAGUUUUGUGGCGCCAGUCAUGCUAUUUUUACUGGGCGCUUUAGGCUACACCUUCUUGUCGUGGGUAAUCAUGUGUCGCAAGAGUCACACAACGCUGAAGAAUAAAGAGCAUACACGGCUCGCUAAUGUGCGCUUCGACAUGCGUUGCUCUUUCAUUUUCCUACUGUUACUAAGCGCUGUCUGGAUUUCCGCCUAUUAUUAUCUGCGCCUGGCCAAAGUGGAGGACGAUUUGGCCGUUGUAUGCGGUUAUCUUUUCAUUAGUUUCAACACACUAAUGGGAUUGUAUAUUUUCGUGUUUCAUUGCAUACAAAAUGAGAAAAUUCGUCGCGAAUAUCGUAAAUAUGUGAGGCAAAAUUCCUGGUUGCCAAAGUGUUUGCGCUGCUCGAAGGCCUCCAUAUCCUCAGGCAUCGUUGGCAAUAACGGUAUUGGCGGUGGCAGCGGCAGUGGUGGCGGUAUCGGUGGAGGAAAUGCUGGCGGCGGUGGUACGCUCUCCGGCACACAUCGUGGCAACUCGAACACGGUGCAAGUGAAAAAGUCCAAACUGCCAAUAGGCGGCGAUGGUUUGGUAUCCGACGACACUGGCGGUAUUAUAUCGGCCGCCGAGGAUGCCAUUAUUGCAUCAUCCGAUUGUGAAUUGAAUGAUGCGCGUAAUUUGUCGUUAACCAGCGACGCCGAUAUGGAUACAGUGAAGGGCGCCGGCGGCAAUAUGACGCUACAGCACGGCAAGGGUGGUCACGCCAUUAUUGAUGCCAUGCAAGGGCAUAUUGUGCUGGAACGCGGUGGCGCGAAUACCGUGCACUCGGUAGGCGGCAGCGGUGGCUUGCGUACGCCCAGCGCUGGCCACACCUCGCCCACCUCAUCGGCUGGCUCAACGCAUCUGAUUUUCGGCGGUCAAAAGCAGCAAAUGCUUGGCUCGGGAAUGUCAACGGGCAGUGGGCCACAAGAGGCGUACUACCAUCAGCCGGAUUAUUAUGGUUGGAAGCAGCAGCAGAUGGGUAAGCCAGGUGGCGGCAACAAUAAUGCAUUGAGCUUGGCACAUCCGCGCGACUACGUGAGCAACGCGGCUGCGCCACAGCAGGCGCACGAAUUCUUCUACUGGACGCAAAAGCAUCAGCCGCAUGGCAAGAAGAAGCGCGGCAGUGGUAUUGGUGGUGAGUCGCCAAGCGGUUCAUUGCAUAGUCGCACGACAGCAGCGUCGCAGCAAAUACUUUUCUAUCCGUCGUACAAGAAGACUACGCUGAAGCAACAACAACAGCAGCAACAGUAUCCGCACUACGAUGAGGCGGUCGGGGCUGCUGCCUACUACCAGCAACAACAACAACAGCAUCAGCAGCAGCAACAACAACACCGACGCCAUGCCUCAGCGGCCAUGAUGCUGGCGGCAGCACAUCAUCAGCAGCAACAACAACAACAGCAGCAGCAACAACAAUUAUCCUCAGAUGAGGAACAGCUAGAGCCAGCUGCAGCAGCACAUGCACAUCUGUUGCAUUUGGGACGACGCGCCGGCUCACAAUUGCCACCACCGCCAGCGCCCGCAUCGCACGCCUACCAUUAUCCGCUGCAUCACUCACCAGAGUUUAUGGGCGCCGCCGCGCACACGCCCACACAGCGUUACUAUAGAAAUAAGCAUUCCAACUGUGAUCUGAGCCACGAGGAGUACGACCCGAGCGGACGCGCGGGCAGCGAACAGUACUACAAUCAAAACUCAAUGGGCGGUGACGGGCCGGUUUAUGAGGAGAUUCUCAGCAAUCGCAAUUCCGAUGUGCAACAUUACGAAAUGGAUUUGAAUAUGUAUGGCCGUGGUGAUAACGACGGCGACGACGACGACGAUGAUGAUGACGAUGAUGUGCACGAUUGCGAUGAUGGUCGUGGUAGUAGUAGCGCCAUGCGCCGGCAACAGUUGCGGCAGCGACAUCACUACGAGGCGGCGCGAAAUGGCGUUAUUGGCACUGGUGUUGGCGGCAGUGGCAGUCGAUAUGGUCACGCGGAGAGCGGCGUGUCCAGCGAGGACGACGCGGAUGACGAUGAGGAUGAGGAGAAUGAGAGCGCGCAGCGGCGUGGCCUACCACAGGGUGAUGAACGCAUGCGGCGACUGAUUGCGUUGCAGGAUGAGGAGUUUCAACGGCGGUUUCAAAGGCAGCGCAAGAAAGCCGAGGGCUCAUUAAAUGAUAAAACGGCAGCAGCAGCGUACUUUGAUCACCACAAUGCGGCAGCAGCGUCAAGCGGUGCGGCGGUUUUUGGCAUUAGCGGCGGUGGCAGUGGCGGCGCGAGCUCUAUACGCGCCAUCAAAAAGAUCUCACCGAAUAAUCGAAUAGGUGUGCAUGAGUUAUUCACGACGACUCAUAAUAGCAGCGGUGCGAGUGGCAUUGGUCCACCUUUACCGCCGGCUAAUCAACAGCAAGCGCAACAACAGCAGCAACAAUAUCCUCUAUCGAAGAGGCAACAAUUGUCGCCAACAACAUUAACAUUAACAGCAACAACACCGUCAUCGUCGCACACACAACCAAUCAUUGGCCGGAACAUUUCUGCAAUGCUGGAUGAGAACAAUACGGUACGCUGCUAUCUCGAACCGUUACCCAAAUGAAUAGGGACGCAACUGCGCCAACCCACAUAUAGGUGAGGUAGUGUAAUUAAUAUAUGAUUGAAACAAAAAAGCUUAACUGCAGCGCGUAUGGCAAUUUUAAAGACAGUCUUAAUAAGAGAUUAGUGUUUAGCUUUUGUUUUCGCGGCUGAAAUCAUAGCGCUCGGUUUAAAAUGCAUUUAACUAAUUAUGUAUGUAUGUGUGUAUGUCGUACGUCGUACGUGUAAGGCGUCCGUUGAAGAAAGCUAACUAAAUAGUAAUUUAUGAAAUGUUAAAAGUAAAGUAAAACAUAUAAUAACAAAAAAAAACAAAAACAACAGUAUAUUAUAAAUGUAUGCAUGUAUAUGGAAAAUGAAAAAUGAAAAAAACUAUAAAACUUCUGCUGCACACCAUACAAUGGCCAGCACAGCUGCGCGAAAACACUCUCACACACACGAAAGCAUAACUUGCUCCUAACUAGCCAUUGAGUUUUGCAGUUGUAAACAGUUAAGAAACUUUUUGUUGUUACCUUUAAAGCUUUAAGCAACUAUUUAAGUAGCAAUUUAUAUUGUCUGUAAGUGAAAGCUGCUUGCAAGUAUACGCCGUUUAGUCCCUGAUUAAAGUGUGGAGGUUAAAUUUUAUUAUUCUUUUUUUGUACGGAGUUAUUUUCUGUUUCAUUUCCUAAACAAAGUGUAGUGUUUCAAAUAUACAGUUGUACUUCUAUAAUUCGAAUCACCAUCAUAGUCAAAAAAAACUUCGAGUUAGAGGGACUUCGAGAAUUUUCAUUAAAACAUAAAAUUUUUCAAAAAGCUGUAAAUUAUAGGUUUAAACCCUGUUUUAUUUAUUUGCUUCGCAUAAAGUUUUUAGUACUUACGUUAAAACAGCUAUUGUUUAGCUCUCGACGUCUGUAUCCCAUGCCAGUAACAAACUUGAUUUAUGCAAUCCAUAAGUGUAAUAUCAUAUUUAUUGUUCGACUACAUACGAAUAUAGCUGGACUCUUUUAAAAUUCUGUCUCGACAGUAAAAUUUUGUUUAAAUUUGACUACUAAAUGCUAUUGUCAAUUCAUGAGUUCGAGUUAUGUAGGACUUUGAGUUAUGGAAAGAAAUUUGUUUGAAAUUUGACUUCUAUUACCAAUUCAAGUGUUCCAGUUAUGGAUAACUUCGAGUUAAGGAAGUUCCAGUUAUGGAAGGAAACGAGCAUGAAUUUUGUAUUCUAAACGCUAUUGUCGACUCAAAAGUUCAACUAUAGUUUGUUUUUAUCACAUUUAUGCUUAGCAUUUCACUGCUUUUAAAGUAAUUUAAACAAGUUGGAGCCAUGCUGAUAUAUUAUUUUUUUUUUUAUAUAUUUCUGCUUUCGAAACAUAUAUAUUUCAUUGAAAAUCCGCUUUAAAAGUUGUUUCAUGUAAUUUUAUGGCAACACACACUUUUUAUUUACAAAAUUACGGACUUUUUUUGGCUGAUAUUUAGCUUCCGUUAAUUAAAAAAAAAAAACAAUUUCAAAAUCUCUCAAUAUUUUUAGAAAUUAUUAUGUAAUAUAUUCAUAAAUUUCUCUCUACGAAUUUGUUACAUUUUUUUUCAUAAAAUUUUCUUCGUUUUUUUAUUUACUUUUUUCUUUAAAAUUGUAAAAAGGAUUUUACAAUGGAUGCAAUCAACUUAGUUUUUAAGUGCAACUAAGAACAAAACGCUUCAACUCUAAUUAUAAAUAAGCGCAAAUGUAUAUUAACUAAUUUAAAAUGUCAAAUUUUUGCAAAUUUGACGUGAUAACCCAAAAAGCUUAACCCUUCAAAACUAAAUGGAAAUCCUACAACUCUACACAAAUAAACAAUCAAUUUUCAGUCUACCAAACUUUCCAGAACCGUUAACUCCUACUUGCAUAAAUGCUACAUAAAGAGAAAAAAAAAACAAAAACAAAACACGUUUCAACUUCAAACAAAAAUAAUAAUUAAAUGAAUAACUAAAAACGCUAUCGAAUACCUCCACUCGAAUCCUGUCGAACUAAAGUUGUUGUACAUUAGUGUAGCUAACAGACCUAUGAGAAUGCGAAGAGAAGGCAAAUAAAUGUUCAAAUAUGUAUUGUAUGUAUGUGUAGUUCUUGUGCGGCCACCAACAAACGCAUAUGCUAUAACAAAUGUUAUUAAUUGUAGGAAGAGAAGUGAAAUUUCAACAAAUUGUGGUACACAUAUAACAAUAGCAACAACAUUAAUUACAAAAUCGCACCAACUAAAACUUUCAAAAUAAUAAUAAUAAAAACAAAAACUACCACAAAUAGGCAAACUAAAAAAUUGUAGUGUUUUAACGUGUAUAAAAAAUGAGAUAUAUAAGUCAGCAUAUAGAUUGAAAAUAUAAAUGAAAACUUUUAUGAAAAGUGUUGAAUAUUAAGUAAUGGUUAAAAGCUAAAAAAACAAAACAAAAACAACGUUUAAUAUGCAAAGAGCAAAUAGUUCGCGCUAAUGUAAUGUAACAAUCUGCAUGUAGGUCAUAUACUUUGUCUAUGUGUUGUUGUCAUUUACAAAACGCUGCGCACCAGAUGAAAACAAAAGCUAAUAAAUUCGAAAGUAACACUUUAAAUAACAAUAAACAGAAGAAAUUUAUAUUUAGUAAAUGAUGUCACAUGAACGAUUUGCAUUUUGCGAGAUUGCAACGCGUAAACAUAUAGGCGUGCGUAAUUAUGUGUGAUUUUUGGCGAAACAAAAAGAAUUGUAUUAAAAUUAUAGUAUAUAUAUGUAGCAUAGAGAAAUAUAAUUGCGCACACACAAACGUGUAAUUUAUAUACAUACAUACAUACUAUAUAUGUAUAUACGUAAAUGCAAUGAAAUUGAUGAAAAUGCAUACAUUUAUAAAUAUUGUACUAAAAAUGUAAUAGUAAUACAGCAGAUAUAGGCAUUUAUUACAUUGUAAGUCUAAAAGAGAACGCAAUGAAAUUUUGUUUUUUUUUCUAAUGCGAUAUGUUAAUUUUGUAAUUAAAAAUAUGCAAAUACGGCUGAAUUUAAUAUAAUUUUUUUUAUUUUGUAUUGCAAAACAUUCACUGUUUGUAUGUAUGUAUAUUAAUAAUAUAGUAUUGAUUUUGUUACAUUUUUUGCAUAAUAUUAUUAUUAUUUUUAUUCUGUUUUAUAUGUAUGUAUACACGCUGCCAUAGCUCUAUGUAACUUGUAUAUUUGAAAUAAUGUAUGUAUGUAAAACAAAUUGCAGAGUAAUUAAUGUUUAACUGAGAAAUAUAUAUACUAAAGAAAAAUAAAAAUAAAUAAUUAUAAAGUUAGUAUUGUGUUGUUGCCGCAAACGUAAAGCAAGCUAAAAUGUGUAAGGAAUCGUGAAAAGAAAAACAACUUUAAAUGUAUAUGUAAUAUAGCAGUAAGUUUCGCGCGUAUAUUUAUAAAUA